UUACAUACCAACACUAAUAUCCAGCCAAAUAAUUUGCAAGGGCAUCUUUCUUCACCCAAAAAAUAUAAUAAUAAUAAUAAUAAUAACCUUCCUCCCAAAAUUAAAAAGAAAUACGACCGUUGGAAGGGCCAGGAAUGUGACAAUAACUCAGGUUUGGUUUUUAAUAUAUAAAUAAACGACCGCAACUUCGUAUACUUCUUACACCAUCUCCUAAUAAUUCCCCCUCCCAUGCUGCCUGCCUGACUCAGUCGCUCAGUGACGACUGAUUAUCUGCAGGAUAUAUAUUAUAUUCUCCUACAUAAUAAGCUGCCUCUAAUUCAUCAAUGGCUUCCCUAAUUAUCUACCACUCUACUACUAAUUAUACUUAUCGUUUGAUUUUCUGCUGUGCUUUGCUUUAUUCAUUCUUGUUGCAUGAUUCAGUAGUACUGACUUCUGCUGCUUCUUCUUCUUAUCCUCCUUCUCCUUCUCCCGCAGCUGCCCCCAACUCCUCGGAGUACCGCCGCGGCCACCACGGCUGGGUCGGGCCGGUCGGCCGCCGGGUCAUCACGGUGGACAUCGCCGGGUCGGGCCAGUUCCGGUGCGUCCAGGCAGCCAUCGACUCCGUCCCGGAGAACAACAACGAGAACGUCAUCAUCCUCCUCUCCCCCGGAGUCUACAUAGAGAAGGUGGUGGUGCCGGCGACGAAGCCGUACAUAACGCUGGAAGGAGCGGCGGGAAGAGGGGCGACGGUGAUCGAGUGGCACGACCGAGCAAGCGACCCGGCACCCAACGGCGAGCAGCUCAGGACUUACCGCACCGCCUCGGUUACCGUGUUGGCCAACUACUUCACCGCAAGGAACAUCAGCUUCAAGAACACGGCGCCGGCGGCGCCUCGGCCGGGGCUGCAAGGGUGGCAGGCGGUGGCGAUUCGGGUGUCGGGGGACAAGGCGUACUUCGUGGGGUGCGGGUUCUACGGGGCGCAGGACACGCUGUGCGACGACGCCGGCAGGCAUUACUUCAAAGACUGCUACAUCGAGGGAUCCAUCGACUUCAUCUUCGGCAACGGAAGGUCCAUGUACAAAAUUUAUGCGGGGAUGCAGGACUGCGAGCUGCACUCGAUAGCCACAAGAUUCGGGUCCAUCGCGGCCCAAGAUAGAAGACACCCUGACGAGAAGUCGGGCUUUGCAUUCUUGAACUGCAGAGUGACUGGGACAGGCCCGCUCUACGUGGGCCGAGCCAUGGGCCAGUACUCCAGGAUCGUCUACUCCUAUACCUACUUCGAUGACGUGGUUGCACACGGUGGCUGGGAUGACUGGGACCACGUCAGCAACAAAAACAAGACGGCGUACUUUGGAGUGUACAAAUGUUGGGGGCCUGGAGCUGAGAAAGUGAGAGGUGUAUCAUGGGCCAGAGAGCUAGAUUAUGAUUCUGCACACAAGUUUCUAGCCAAGAGCUUUGUUAAUGGCAGGCACUGGCUUCCAGCUGAUGCUUUACUUGCUUAGAAUCAGUUGUGAUUCAUUCUUCCUUCCUUCCUGUUUAUCUGUAAUGCGCGAUUCAUUCAUUCUUUCAUUCGUUCGAAGUCCAAAGACCAGUAAUCCAGUAUCUAGAGGAACAUACAUAAGAGAAGUUUGUGUUAUACAGAGUUUUUGUGGUUUUCUUGCUUUACAUGGCUUUCUUGUGAUUGUUGAUACAGUCAUACAGAGAACUGGAGAUUGCGUUUGUGGUAACUGACAACCGACAAUCAAUCAUGUUCCUUCGUGUGUUUUCGUAAUAUAUGGUGGAAUGCCAGACCAGACUACCUUCUUCAUGUAGAUGAAUGUUUCACUCAAAAGUAGCUACAGGAAUAAAGAGUAGAACAUGAAGCGAAGAUGAUUUGAUCAUAGGCUUUCUUUCAAUAAGCAAAGGUAUCUCUGUCUGUCUUCCUUCACAUUAUGC